CUAGCUAGAGUGCUGGUACCAGCUCUGGUCUGAACAUGGGUGUCUUUGUCCGUCCUGGGGAGUGGAUUGAGAAGACUCCGAUUUGCCUAUCCCCCAGGAAGAUGAAGUACUUUGAGGUUCCUCCUGGUGAGCCUGAUGAACCCUGGAACCCUAAAAUCGAUCUUCUUCGUGGUGAGUCGAUACUCACCGACGACUGCAAAGGGGGUGGUUGUAUGGGUUGGAGGGCUUUGAAGGAUCUGGCUACUCCUCGCGACAAUCCUGCUGCUGAGAUUGACGCGCCGGCUGCCCAACAUAUGAAUGAUAUGCUCAAGGCCUGCAACUCUGCUGUGGAGCUUGUGAAGCUGUACCUCUGCUACCAGGAGCAGAAUGAAGACCUUCAGAAAAGGCAGGCUGAUCUGGAGAAGCAGGUGAGUGACGCCAAGCAAGAUCUGGACCAAAAAACUUCUGAGCUGAAAAGGGUGAAGCAACGCAACGAAGAGUUGGAGAAUGUUGCGAACAAGCUGGAGGCAGAGGAGGCCAAGAACAAAGAGCUGUCUGAGAAGUUGCUGGAGGCGGAUGAGAAGGCCAAAGCUGCUUACAAAACCGGUGCUCGGGAUGGUGCCUUGCGAUUUUCUCGGUCCCAGACCUAUAGUAAGCGUAUCACGGAUAGUCAUAACGGUGGCUGGUUUGCUGCCCACCGUUGUGGCGUUCAUGGUAUUGGCCUUACCAAGGAGGACUGUGAGGAUAUUGAGUAUGCUUUCCUGGUGGAGGAAAAGCACAAGGUACCAACCGGUUUGGAGUCACAGAUCAUUCCGGAGGAGAUCAUUCAGAAUGCUGAUCCCUUGACUCUCCCUCCCAUUGAGCUGAAGGAAGAAGACUACCUGGAUCCUGCCCUGCUGUCUUCCAGUACCAACCAGACGGAUUAUCAACAAGUUUGAAGGUGCGGGCAGUCAUCACCGGUAUCAUCCUGUGGUUCAUCUGGCGUUGCUGCUUUUAAAGAUUAGUUUAUUUUUUUAGACGCACUUUUGGUAUCAGCUGUUUGUGGCACUUUUUGCCCUGGGAUAUUUUAUGUUUUGUUUUUGUAAACUUUACCUUGUGCCAUUUUUUAUCAGCUAACAAAUGUCAGUUUUGGUGUUGGCUGUCGAAUUUGCUUUAUUCAGAUGGUGUUGCUCUUA